AUUACCGGAUCACCGCAUCGGUAUUCUUUUUACGUGGCAAAUUAAAGCUUUUGUUGGGAGUUAAUUGGCUUUAACAAGCUAAUUUGUUGUUUUCAGAUUUAAGUUAGUAACUAAACCUAUUCCAAUCAAAAUGUUGUCGUUUCAAAGGACCAGGCGAACGAGGGAACACACAGGCCCGACGCCACAUUCUGUGGCAAUUGUAGCGAAGAUGCCGUCGAAAAAUCUGCCAGAACAUUUAAUAUUGGAGCGACGUAAGCGUGAGGAUUUAAGAGAAGAAGCAAUACAGAUUACAAAGUACAACAAAAUGUUUGAUUUAAAGAAUGAUUGGGAAAGAGUAACUGACAGAUCAAUUCAGAAAAAUACAGUUCAACGUCGAGUUAAAGAUGUUUUAGAACAAGAUGCAAUCAAAUUGGAAGAAAGAAGAAUCAGACUGCGUCAACUUCUCGCGGAUGAAGAAGAUGACUUUAUAAGAGAGAUGGAAGAAAAACAAGAGACGAUGGCUGAACGACAAGAAAAAAUGAGAGAAAGAGCAAAAGUUUUAAAAGAAAAAAGGGAAAAAGAGAGACAAGAAAUUGUUGAACAGAAAUUAGACCAACAAUGGAGGAAUCAGUGCGAAGAGCUCCGCUCUGUUCUUUCACGACGACAUCAAGAUGAAGUCUGUAUUGAUCGGAUGCAUCAGCUCGCUGUGAAGUCUGACAUGGAAAGAAUGAAACAAGAAGAGGAGCGCAUGUACGCUGACUUGUGGGAGAAAGAUAGGUUAAUGAAAGCUGCCCGAGAAGAAAGGGAAGCCCAAGAAAUGAUUAAAAGAAACCGAGCGAUGCUUGAUGUUCUACAAACACAGAAAGCAGCUUUGGAAGCCAAAAAACAAGAAGAAAAACGAUUGGUCAAGGAAGAAGCUUUACUGCUACAGGAGGAACGAGAGCUGAGAGAAAUGGAAGAACAGAGAGCAAUCCAACUUAAGAGAGAACAGCAGCGAGCUCAUAAAAAUGCACUCGAAAAGUCCAUGAAACUCAAAGGACGUCGAGCAGCUCAAGAGACUCAGGAAGAACUCGCUCUCGAUAUGAAGAUAUUGGAACAAUUACUUGAGGAAUCAAGAAACGAAGCUCACGAAAUUGCUGAAAACAAGAAACGAAUGAGAGAGGAAAACCAGAGAUACAGAGAAUAUUUGGCUCAAAUGAAAGAAGAAGAACGUAUCAGAGAAGCAGAAGUUGACAGAUUAAUUGAUGAAGAUGUUGAAAAAAUGUGGCAGAAGAAGAUUGCUCAGUGGAGAAUCGAGAGAGAAGCAAGAAACAAACUGAUGCAGGAUGUAAUGGAAACCAGGAAGAAACAAUUACAGGAGAAAUUGGUAAUUCUGGCUGAACAGAAGGAAGAGCUCAGAAGGGAUAAAGAACAAAUUACGAAAGCUAUUGAAGAACAUAACAGACUUGAGGAUGAACGAGUGGCCAGGACGAAAGCUAUCAACAAAAAGUAUGAAUCUGAUUUACUUGGACAAAUUGGCCACCAGAAGGAGUUGAGAGAACAAAAAUUCGAUGAAGAGUUACGUGAAUAUCAAGAUAGUCUCAAAACAGAAGCAGCAUACCAGGCCCGAUUAAAAAAGGUCUUAACAUCACCAGACACGCAUGACCGAAUUCAUCCCUCACGACGACCGAAAGUUGCAAGUUUAUCUGUUACCGGGACAAAAUUACAAUAAUUUCCAUGAAAUUAUAUUCGUUUUUGCCUUUUUCGCUAAAAAAACUUCAUUUUUGUAUAAAUUUAGUGUAUUUAUGUUAUUGCACUGUAUAGUUUUUGCUUGUUGGCAUUCUUUCAAAUGCAAAAUUAAAUUGUCUUAGGCAGCAAUGUUCACAAUGUAUAGGAUAUUAGAAUUCAUUCAAUAAUUCAAAUUCUGGAUUUGUGUAAUAAUAUUGAACAGUGGUUCUCAGACGAUGUGUAAUGCAAAGGGGGGCAUAGACAAUUUUUUGAGAAGGCGUGAAUCUAAAAAAAAGUAACAAAAAUAUUUGUUAGAUUUGAUUUUGCCCACCUUUUUUUGGAUAUUUGCGUUCUAUCCACAUAUUUUCGACAUGUUUAUUGAAUAAAACAUACUUAAGCCUUACCAUCUGUGAUUAGUAGAUUAUCGUUAGCUAGUUGGUUUUGAGGUGGGGACAUGAGACUUGACAAAUUCUGAAAAAGGGCGCUGCUUAAAAGUUUGAGAACCACUGAUUCAGAAAUAAGUUUCAUUCAAAGUAAUAU